CCAUUCUCUCUCUUCUCUCUCUAUAUAUAUCUCGCCGGAGUGCUCUUUCUCCCGGCAGCUCACUAAAGUUCUUGUUUAGGGAAUUUUCUUUUCUUCAACUCAUACUUUUCUUAUACAUAUAAGCACACGUAUAUAUAUAAUUUAUAGAGACGUCAGAAUUUUCGUUUAUAGGGUUUAUUAUUUCAGUUUGAAGGUGCAACAGAUUUAGUAUUCGGUGAAUAUUGAUUGAAGUUGUGUUUCUUCAAAAGGUUUUUUUUGGGUCUUUGUUUUUGGAUCUAGACGAAGAGUGAUUUUAGGGUUUGUGAUGUCUUCAUACUGGUGCCACAGAUGUAACCGAUUCCUUAGGAUCUCGAACCCAAACUCUGUUACUUGUCCAGAUUGCAACGGAGGAUUCGUGGAAGAGAUUGAAAGCCCGACGAUUUCUGGGUUUACGACGGCUCGGCGACGUCGAUUUCCUCCGGCGGCGAUGUAUAUGGUUGGAAAUGAAAGAGUUUCAGAGCAGAAUUCGAGCCCAAGACUCCGCCGUAACCGAAGGAACGGUGGAGAUCGAUCUCCUUUCAAUCCGGUGAUUGUGCUCCGCGGACCGUCUGACCGCGACGCCGCUGACGGAGGGGGCGGCGGCGGCGGCGGUGGAGGAUUUGAGAUGUAUUACGAUGACGGUGUGGGUUCGGGACUGAGGCCGUUGCCGGAAAGUAUGUCGGAGUUUUUGUUGGGAUCGGGUUUCGAUCGGCUUUUGGAUCAAUUGGCGCUAAUUGAAGUCAACGGAAUUGGGCGUAUCGAUCAUCCUCCGGCGUCGAAGGCCGCAAUUGAAUCGAUGCCCACAAUUGAGGUCGUUGAGAGCCAUAUAACAACUGAAUCACACUGUGCUGUUUGCAAGGAGCCCUUCGAUUUAGGCGCCGAAGCUCGCGAAAUGCCUUGUAAGCAUAUAUACCAUUCCGAUUGUAUACUUCCUUGGCUUUCCCUCAGGAAUUCUUGCCCUGUCUGCCGCCACGAAUUGCCAACCGAUGGCCAGAACUUAGCCGAGUCGAAUAGAGGCCAUACGGAGCAGACCCCGGUGGCAAACGAAGAAGAAGCUGUAGGUUUAACGAUAUGGCGACUACCUGGUGGUGGGUUUGCUGUUGGUAGGUUUUCAGGAGGAGGAAGAAGAGGCGGUGAGCGCGAGCUUCCGGGUGUUUAUACGGAAAUGGAUGGUGGGUUUAACAAUAAUGGAGCCCCUAGGAGGAUGUCAUGGGCAUCAGGAGGCAAUCUUUCGAGAGAAAGAGGUGGAUUGAGGCGGGUUUUCCGUAAUUUGUUUGCUUGCUUUGGAGGAGAUGGAUCUUCUGCCUCUAGUUCGAAUUCGGAUCCUAGGGUAACUCGCAGAAGUAGUGGUCUAUCAUCAGUUUUUACUACUACCGCCUCAAGGAGGCGUGGGGCAUUGGCUUUUGAAGUUAGAAAUGAAAAUCGGAGAUGGUAGAAAUGUAUUAUUUGAUUUCCAGUUUGUGCUCGGACUUGCAAUAGUUGAAAAAAUCCAGUCUUUGGGAGGACAUAUUAGUGGAAACCAGGGUUUUGUUCUUGUUCACAGUAAAUAUACUAUAUAGCAAGAAACGAGAAGGAAAGGAAAUGGAGAGUGUCUCCCAUUUUGCAGUGUGUCAAAGACAAUUGCCAGUUGUACAGAGUCAAUAAUUGAAUUAUUAUUUGAGCAAAAGAAAAAGAUGAUGGAGAAGAGAGAUGAACUCAAAUGAACAAACUCUUGGGUUUGAGUUGGCUUCUGGUAAGUGAGCAGGUAGACAGCCUCAUGUAUUACAUACAGUUCCUUUGAACCUAGGAUUGCCUGGACUUUUCUCUUUUCCUUUUUAUAUAUUUUGGUAAUUUGUAGUUAGCUUUGAUAAGUUGUAUCUGUAUUCAGUUAUUUAUUUUUUGAUAUGUUGUUUCUGUAUUCAGUCAUUUAUUUUCAGAAAAUUAUAAGUUAUAUUCAACUUCGAGUUC